AUGCCACCAGAACCACCACUCAACACCAACCUGGAAGACCAAAGAACUGGAGAAACAAGCGCAGCCCUCUCCGCAGACCUAAAAGCAAGCUGUUUAAAGCUUCGCUCGGAAAUAGAUACCUACCAAUCGCUGCUUGCAUCUACCCUCCGCAAUCCACAGCUUGUGGAGGCACGACAAUUCAGAUCAAAUGUCAAUUCCGAAUUGAAGAUGUUGGAGAAAUUGGAGAGACAGAUGAAAAGCGCUGCCAGUGUGCAAAAUGAGGUAGAAGGGGAACAUGAAGAAGAAGGCGACUUCGAAUUGGAGAAGAGACUAUUGCAUGCAUUGCGCUCUUCCAAUUUACCGUUUUAUCAAUCUGUUUGGGAUAUUGCGAAAGGGACUUGUUCUGGUUUAACUGCACUUGGGAAGCGGUUUUACUGGGACGAGGAGCAACAGUCGCAGUCUAAACCUAAACUCGGGAAGAAUAAGGACACGGAGAAGAGUGAUGGUGUUGGGCAAGGUGAGAAGCAGCCUAACAAGGAUAAGCGCAAUAGUGUGUUUGUGGAUAUCGUUUCUGACGAUGGGGCUGAAUGGGUGAAAGUUUCUACGGUCACGCAGGAUCGGCUGUUAUUUGAAAUGGCGAAAAAUUGUUGGCAAUGGGAGCCUGAUUCGGAUGAUGAAGAGGAGAACGGGGACGCCAUGAAGCAUAUUAGGGUUGAGGGUCGGAUGCUUCCUAUGAAUCGGAGAACGCGCAACAUGUAUGGAGACGACGGAGAUGAUAAGAUGGAACUUAUUCGGUUGGCUGUUGAUCUACGGAAAGCGGCUGAUGUUACGUUGGUUGGGUAUAAGCAUCCUCGGAUUCGGAUUGUUUUGCCUCGGAUUGAACAGGGGAAUGUUGAUGAGAUUGAUGAUAUUAUUGAAGAGAUGCGCAGUUGGGGUAUGGAGGUUGAUUGCAAGAAAAGCCUCAAGUUGACAACUCGCUCUGGGCUGGAACACCUUCUUCCUCAUCCGUUCAAAACGUUCACUUCCACCUUGAAUGUUGAUUGCACUCUCCUCCUUGCCAUGGUAUCUGAUUUGUCGCACUUCAAAGAAAUUCCGCCAGAACCCUAUUUCCACCGGGCCAUCCUUCGACAAAUUGAGAUCGAAAAACAAAAGCCACUGCUUUCAACAGAGCUGUGGCCUGCUAUGAGUGGUCACAAGCUUGUUUGCACGAAAGAGGCUGCUGGGCGGAUGCGAGAAAUUGUCAAAAUCAUCGGCACUGAAACAGAAAAUAUCCGCACUCAAAUCAUGAUGGGAGAUUCUCCGUAUGGGCAACUUGAUCAAGCUGCUAUGCUUCAAAAGUUCCAGGAAUUAUCCGACUAUGAGGUUCCCAAAGAUUGGAAUCUUCCCAUCAGUGUGGUUGAUGCCCAAUCAACCUUCGAUUCAAAUAACAAAAAAGACAACAUUCCUCGAGUGCACCAGGAACUUGCGAAGGAAUUGUCGGACAUCAAUUACAGUGUGUUCAUGUAUGGCUGGCUCAACGAUUUGACGACAAUUUCCAGCAAUCGGACAAUCAACAAACAAAUCGAAACAACUGUCGAGAGGCACAGAAAUGGGAAUCCUUCUUUAGAAGGGCCCAAGGUAUGGAUCUGUGACACAGCACGGAGUUUGGUGGGCAAAGAGAAAGAUCGAAAAGCAUAG